UCCCUGUUGUGUCGAGGGUCAGCUGCCCUCAGAGCUUUAGCCGUUAUUUUAGCAUCCUCAGCACCUGAUUCUUCCCUCGUGCCGCUUCAGACUGGAUGUCACCCUGAGGGGAGCGCCUAAAACUCAUAAAAAUACAAAUAAGUAACAAAAUAACCGUGUUUCAACAUGAGCUGCUUCACUGGGAUAUUCAUAUCGACGGCUUUAUGUCUGCUUAGCAGCGGCCAGUCCGCCGCACCUUAUUCCUCGGGCCUGUCUCGAGCCAUCCGCGUGCCACUGCGGCAAGGCGCUCGCGACAAGCAAUCCCCGCUGCCACCUGCUGCUGCCUUCAGUGAAGAAGGCGGCGCGAGCGGGAACCGCAGGCGGAGAGCAGCGGCGGAGGGCGGGGCCAGCUUCGUGGGCAUGAUUGACAACCUGCGGGGGAAGUCGGGCCAGGGGUACUACGUGGAGAUGGCCGUGGGUUCUCCUCUACAGAAGUUAAACAUCCUGGUGGAUACAGGAAGUAGUAACUUUGCUGUGGGGGCAGCUGCUCAUCCAUUCCUGCGCAGAUACUACCAUCGAUCACUCUCUACCUCAUACCGUGACCUGGGCAGGAGUGUGUACGUUCCCUACACUCAGGGUCGCUGGGAAGGAGAGCUGGGCACAGACUUGGUGUCUGUGCCGCACGGCCCGAAUGCAACGCUGCGUGCCAACGUCGCCGCAAUCACCCAGUCAGACCGCUUCUUCAUCAAUGGGUCUAACUGGGAGGGAAUCCUGGGACUUGCUUAUGCUGAUAUAGCUCGGCCUGAUGAGACACUCGAGCCUUUCUUUGACUCCUUGGUUCGCCAGUCGUCGGUCCCCAACCUCUUCUCUCUCCAGCUGUGUGGCGCCGGCUUCACCCAGAACUACUCCCUGGGCAGCUCCACCGUCGGCGGCAGCAUGAUCAUUGGAGGAGUGGACUCAUUCCUGUAUGUGGGGGAGCUUUGGUAUACUCCCAUCCGCAGAGAGUGGUACUAUGAGGUCAUUAUCGUACGGAUUGAGGUGAAUGGACAGGACCUCAACAUGGACUGUAAAGAGUAUAACUAUGAUAAGAGCAUUGUGGACAGUGGUACCACCAACCUUCGGCUGCCAAGGAAAGUCUUCCAGGCUGCUGUCAAGGCUAUUGAAGCUGCCUCCUCUACGGAGCAGUUUCCUUCUGGGUUCUGGCUGGGGGAGCAGCUGGUAUGUUGGCAGGCUGGCACCACACCGUGGCACAUCUUUCCUGUCAUCUCCCUCUACCUGAUGAGUGAAAACCGCAACCAGUCCUUCAGAAUCUCCAUCCUGCCACAGCAAUACCUGCGUCCAGUGGAGGAUGUGGCCUCUGUGCAGGAGGACUGCUACAAGUUUGCUGUGUCUCAGUCCAGCACCGGCACCGUGAUGGGAGCUGUCAUCAUGGAGGGCUUCUACGUCGUGUUUGACCGAGAGAACAAACGCAUCGGCUUUGCUGUCAGCACUUGCCAUGUGCACGAUGAAUUUCGCACCGCCUCGGUCGAGGGCCCGUUCCACGGCGUCGACCUGGAGGACUGUGGCUACAACAUCCCUCAGACAGACGAGUCCACGCUGAUGACCAUCGCCUACAUCAUGGCAGGGAUCUGUGCGCUCUUCAUGCUGCCUCUGUGUCUCAUGGUGUGUCAGUGGCGCUUCGUUCGCUGCCUCCACCCACACGGGGACUUUGCAGACGACAUAUCGCUCCUAAAAUGACGGGAAGCGGUUGCAGGCUGUUGACACGUACAGGCGAAUAGCCGGACCGAGUUGACAUUCGCUGAAUGGGACGUUACAAAAAGACGCUGCUGUCAUCAAGUUGUUUGCGAGGGGAACUAGAGCCAUCAUGAACUUGCCGGGACAAGAAGAGGUGCUGCUGUCGGCGCCUGUUUAAGCUACUGGACCUGUGCUCAUCAGCAUGGAGUGAAAUGCAAAACUAACUGUUCUUUCUAUGAAUAAACCUCACAGAUACAUCAGAUUUGGAAAGAUGGUUGUACUUUCCCCCCAUUCUUCAAACCAUCGUGUACUUGCUACAGGUUGGUUUGGAAGGUUGGGGGGACGUCUAUAUAAGGAACCAAUCUGGAAGUGUUUAGCUCUGGUAUAAUUUGAGUAUAAGAACGUGGUUAUACUGUACGUGUGUUUGUGUCUGGAGUGAAUGAACCAAGCUGCACCUCUAAUAAUAUGAAAAUAAGAGAAUGAUACAAGACAAAUAUUACACUUUGUUGCACAUGUCUAUGAUGAACCCCACAAAGAAAAAGAAGUAUGCAGAAGGAGGCUGCUUUGUAAACUUAUUGAAAAUACAAAAUUGUUUUUGCUUGUGUGAAAUGGUGACUGCUGAUCGGUCAUCAUCAGAUGUCACUUUUAUCUUCUCAUCCUGAUAACGUACAUGUAUCUGCUGUACAUAAAAGUGUUCAUUUAAAGUCUUUAUUUGCACAGAACACAGUGCUCGCUCAGUUGCACGUGUAACACAUCAGACAAACCUAACAGGGCUUCUGUCACACACAAACAGCCUAACUUGCUGUUUAACUGGGACCAUAUAUGCUCUGGAAAGGAAACCAGCCCAAAGUAUGAUGGAGUUUGUGUUGUCUGAAGAAGCUGUAAAUAGAUUAACUAACUGGAUAUUUAUGUGUCAGGUUCUGACAGCGUUGUCGACCCAAUAAAGUACGUAUUGU